AUGAACGACAUAAUCACGCAAGUUUCUCCAGAUACUGCAGAGUCCGCCCCGAUUCUGCAAGAACAGCAACAACAGCAACAAAACACGCAGUAUGAAGGUAACGAGGAGGAUUAUGGUGAUUCACUAAUUCAUCUGAACAUCCAAGAAAAUCAUUAUUUUAUCACCAGAGACCAGUUGAUGUCCCUACCCGAAUCCUUAUUGCUAUGUUUAUUUCCCUCAGGUGUUUUUUUGGACCGUUGUGGCCAAGUUAUUUCCAAUUUGACUAGAGACGAUGAAGUUUAUAUCGUCAAUUUUCCUCCUGAUUGUUUUGAGUACAUCAUGGAGAUCUACACAAAGGCACACGAUGACUUGUAUAAUCAUCCUGUGGAGAAAUUUUUUGACAGGCCAUCGAGUAGUUUUGUUUCCAAUGCAAAGGGAUUUUUUGGGUUGAGUAAUAACAAUUCAGCUUCAAGCAACAAUGAACAAGAUAUCUUACACCAAAAGCCCGCUAUUAUUGUUUUGAGAGAAGAUUUGGACUAUUAUUGUGUGCCCCAGGAGGAGUUCCAGUUUGAUUCUACCAAUGAAGAAAAUAAUGAGGACCUGUUGCGACAUUUUAUGGCUCAAGUGAAAAUGGCUGCUGGCAGUUAUUUAACUUCAAAGACAUCAAUUUUCCAAGGUUUGUAUUCCUCAAAUAGACUAAAGCAACAACAGCAGAGUGAAAAGGAUGCUAAUUCUUCUUCAAAAGCAAAAUCUACUUCAAAGAAAUUGGGACCUGCUGAACAACACCUGAUGGAUAUGCUGUGUUCCUCCGGGUUUACGAAGGAGACUUGUUGGGGUAACAGAACUCAAGAAACUGGUAAAACAGUCAUAAGUUCACUAUCUCUCUGCCGAUUGGCUAACGAAACCACUGAAGGGUUUCGGCAAAAGUUCGACGAUGCAAAGGCCAAGUGGGAAGCAGAGCACAAGCCCCAAGAAAACUUCAUUACCCCAAUGCAAUCCAAUAUAUCGAUUAACUCACUAUCUGCAAGUAAAUCUAACAGUACCGUUUCCACAGCCAGGAAUGUCACAGGAGGAAGUUCGGUACCUUCUGCCACUCGCGACAAGAGAAAAUCAAGGCUGUCGAAACUGGCAGAUAAUGUUCGUUCUCACUCCUCCUCAAGAAACAGUUCGCAAACCAGAAGCAAGCUACCAGAAUUGCCUAAACUGUAUGAUCUAGUGCCUAAACCUAAUAUCAACGCUAAGCUGCUAUUAUUUUGGAGAAAACCAGCCCGUAAAUGCUGGUGGGGUGAAGAAGAUAUCGACCUAGAAGUGGAGAUCUUUGGCUUUUGGAAAGAUGAAUCAAAGAGGCUCAUUGAGCUUGUUUUGCCAACAAAUGUGGACCCCGAAGCAGAGCUACAUAAAAUCAUUGUACCAGUCCGAUUACAUAUUCGUAGAGUUUGGACUUUGGAGUUGAGUGUUAUUGGCGUGCAGUGA